UUGCGAGGCGCUGUGUGCGCUCGGGGAGGGACACCCCGACACCCCCCGCCCCGGAUCCGAGGGCCCCUGUCGCCUCUGUCUCCGCGCCGGACCGGUGCUCUGUCUUUAUCUAUACUCAAGUGGCACAAAAUGCCCUUCAAUGGCGAGAAGCAGUGUGUUGGCGAGGACCAGCCAAGCGAUUCAGACUCUUCGAGGUUUUCCGAAAGCAUGGCUUCGCUCAGUGACUAUGAGUACUCCAGACAGAGCUUUACAAGCGACUCCUCCAGCAAAUCCAGCUCUCCUGCUUCAACAAGCCCUCCCAGGGUUGUCACAUUUGAUGAAGUGAUGUCUGCAGCAAGGAAUUUAUCAAACAUGACUCUUGCUCAUGAAAUUGCUGUAAAUGAGAACUUCCAAUUGAAACAAGAUGCUAUUCCAGAGAAUAGCUUGGCUGGACGAGUGAAGCACAUUGUUCAUCAGGCCUUCUGGGAUGUCUUGGAAUCAGAACUAAAGGCUGAGCCUCCCGAGUAUGAACAUGCCAUCAAACUGUUUGAAGAAAUCAGAGAGAUUCUUCUCUCUUUUCUGGCUCCUGGUGGCAACCGGCUUCGCAACCAGAUCUGUGAAGUUUUGGACACAGACCUCAUUCGACAGCAAGCUGAGCACAAUGCUGUCGACAUCCAAGGCCUGGCCAACUAUGUCAUCAGUACGAUGGGGAAGCUGUGUGCUCCUGUGCGUGAUAACGACAUCAGAGAGAUAAAGGCUACUGGCAACAUCGUGGAGGUGCUGAGACAAAUAUUCCAUGUCCUAGACCUCAUGAAGAUGGACAUGGCCAAUUUUACAAUUAGGAGUAUUAGACCACACCUUCAACGCCAGUUGGUGGAAUAUGAGAGAACCAAGUUCCAGGAAAUUCUAGAAGAAACUCCAAGUGCUCUUGAUCAGACUGCGGAAUGGAUAAAAGAAUCUGUGAAUGAAGAAUUACUUUCUCUUUCCGAGACUGCUUUAACUCCUGGGACUGAAAAUGGCUCCAAGCCAAGCCUGAGCCCUACAUUGGUGCUAAAUAACAGUUACUUGAAACUGUUACAGUGGGAUUAUCAGAAAAAAGAAUUACCAGAGACACUCAUGACAGAUGGAACACGUCUUCAGGAACUGACAGAAAAGCUGAAUCAAUUGAAAAUUAUUGCCUGCCUGUCUCUAAUUACCAACAACAUGGUGGGUGCUAUUACAGAAGGCCUGCCUGAGCUUACAAACAGGUUAAAAAGGAUUUCAGCUGUUCUACUGGAAGGCAUGAACAAAGAAACCUUUAACUUGAAGGAAGUCCUGAAUUCUGUUGGUGUUCAAACAUGUGUUGAGAUUAACAAGACCUUGGUGGAGAGAGGUUUACCCACAUUAAACGCGGAGGUUCAAGCUAAUCUUGUAGGUCAGUUUUCAAGUGUUGAAGAGGAGGACAAUCCUAUCCGGUCCCUGAUCGAUAAACGAAUCCAGCUAUAUAUGAAAAGCCUGCUUUGUCUUCCAAGCCCUCAAAAAUGCAUGCCUCCCAUGAGGCCUCACUUCAUUUAGCAGGAGCUAGAAACACUGGGCUCUCAGUAUGCAAACAUUGUGAAUCUCAACAAACAAGUGUAUGGACCAUUCUAUGCAAACAUAUUGCGAAAGCUGCUCUUCAGCGAGGAAGCCAUGGGAAAGGUGGCUGCUUCACCUCCUACCAACUAAAGGGGACCUGACACUGGAUAGGAGAUUGGAAAUCCAGCACUGUGGUACCAAGUCCAUUUCCACCGAUGGCAUCCUAGCUGCAGCUCGUCUUCAGUGCUGUCCGUGGUGCAGCGUUAGCCUGACUCCGUGUUACCCAGUAGCAUUACAGAAGACACGCACAUCACAUAGGCCCUAUUUCUACGUCAUUUUCAAGUUUAAAAUAGACAUUUUUAACGAACAGAAAGCAAUUUGUAAUUAAUUAUAUUACCUACGUAAUACUUAUAAAUGUUUUCUUAAGCAUUUGUACUUGGCUUAUUUAUUCAACCCAUAAGGAGUUGUUUUCCUUACUUGUCACUAUCAAAUCUAAUGAUUUUUAACAUGGGUACAACUUCUUAUAGGGUUGAAAGUUGUGAGAAUAACCAAGGGAAUCGAUGUUCUGAAUAAAUGAUACAAAUUAUAUUUAAAGUGUACCAUUACAUUUUAUUAAUAUGUAAUAGAACAUACAUAGUAAGUCUUCAAAUUCUACAAAUGUUUCAAGUCACAUUUUACAAUGCCAGUUGUCAGUAUUUAUUUAGAAUUUCGAUUUAUUAAGUGCAUUUUAAUGCUGUCUACAACUUUUAGAUAAAAACUCCUCUGUUCCCUUAGUGAAAAUAGAACCAAAUCCCUUCUAAAAUUUUAUUCUAUAGGUUGGUUUCUUCUUACAAAUUAUCCUGGUCUCUGAGAAAAACAAUUUUUGCACAAAUUUCUUAGUGAAGUCUUUGCAUUUCUCAGGCCAUUGAUAUGAUUUAUGUAAGAUUUUAGUAUUUUUACGUAAGGCAGGACCGGUUUGAAUUGGUUUACUUGUGAUGAGAGGAAGAGCCAUUAACAAUAAAAUGAGAUCUUGUUCUCUGUCAAGUUCACAUCAGAAAAAGAAAUCAUUAAACUUUGGAUUCCUCAGCCAUGUAAUUUAACUAGCAAAUGCCGAUUCAAUCUUUACCCUGCUAAGAUGCUCUUCUGUCUCGUUAUCAUUUGCCAUUCUUGAGCAUUAAAUCCAACUUUGCAAAGCUGGACACCAGUUGUCAUUGGAAUGUUAGGGAAAUGUGCUGUCCUGGAAUUGCAGACUCCUUCUGGAGUGUUGAAGGAAGCACUACGGUCAGGGAGUAUUUGGUCUAGACAGUGCUGUAUUUAUAUUAAAUACAUUUUUUGAUUAUUUUGUUUUCUAAGGACUCAUUGAACCUUCAUCACUUGGGGAGAAGUGGGUAGGAAGUAGAGGAUCAUUUCUUUCCCAAGCCCCUUUUCCUCCCCACAACCCCCAUCACCAUGAUGUUACUUUUAUAAAGUUCCAGAAAGUGAUUGUUUGGCUAAAUUAUCUCCAGUCUUUGCAUUUGGGAGCGUCUGCCGGAAUUUGAGGGCGUUCUGAGUGUCAGUCUGUCUUUCACACAGCCCCGCACAUAACGCAGCAUUCUGUCCAUUUAGGCAACUGUGUGUAAGUGCAAUUUUACUAAAGACCACAUCAUUCGUCUUACUCAUUUUUUCCCUCUUCCUGUGAUCUCAUUUUAUCCACAUUUUCCUAUGCUUAGAAACCAUAAGGUGCUGAAGACUUUUUUUUUUUUCGUUUUCCCUUAAACUGUAGUAGUUUUCAACUGUACUCAUGAAAGCUAAUAUAUAGGGGAGUUUUAUAUUGCUUUUUGAGGUGAACUGCAUACCUAGCAGGUAGUGUACUUUUUAACUAUCAGAUUGGAAUCCAGCUGAUACUCUUUUAUAUACUUGAUUAUAUUGUAGUUUUUAGCAGGAAAACAAUGUGCAAACAUUUUUAAAAAUGCAUUUAAAAUGAAGGGCAUUCUGCUUUUUUUUUUUUUUUAAGUAGCAAAGUAAAUCACAGUGUCUCAACUCUGGAUUUAAGCAACUACAUUUAUUAGGAUUUUAAAAAUCAUAUCCCUUAGCAUGUUGCUUAUUUGGUUUUUACUUACAUGUUUACUUCUACUUUUGAGGUUUUCCUAAUAUGGUCUUGUUUUGUAAUGCAAAUAUUAAACGCCAUACAUAUAUUUUCAUUCUGCUGAAACAUGUAUUGUGUGCACUCACUAAGUUUUAAAACAUUAAAAGUUAUUUCAUGAUA